GGUGGCCAUCUUGGAUGUGCGGAGGGAUUGUUUGGCGUAAAGAAAUAAAAUAAAAAUAUUGACUGAAGAUUUUUUUCGGAAUUAGUAUACAAAGGGGAAGGCUAAAACGGAUCAAGGGAAGUCCAGAAAAUUCAGCAAAAGGCGGUAUGAAGACAGUAUCAUAGUCCACAAGCCAUGGCUGAUAAGAGGAAAUUACAAGGUGAAAUAGAUCGAUGUUUAAAGAAAGUAGCAGAAGGUGUUGAGCAGUUUGAAGACAUCUGGCAGAAGCUCCACAAUGCAGCCAACGCCAACCAGAAGGAGAAGUACGAAGCAGAUCUCAAGAAAGAGAUAAAAAAAUUGCAGCGUCUUCGAGAUCAAAUAAAGACAUGGGUGGCUUCCAACGAAAUCAAAGACAAACGCCAACUGGUGGAGAAUCGCAAGCUCAUUGAGACGCAAAUGGAACGAUUCAAGAUAGUGGAGCGGGAGACUAAGACAAAGGCCUACUCCAAGGAGGGUCUGGGACUGGCCCAGAAGGUGGACCCUGCACAGCGUGAGAAGGAGGAGGUGGGACAGUGGUUGACGAAUACAAUAGCCACUCUGAAUAUGCAGGUGGACCAGUUUGAAAGCGAGGUGGAGUCUCUCUCAGUCCAGACGCGUAAGAAAAAAGGAGACAAAGAGAAGCAGGACCGAAUUGAGGAGCUGAAGCGUUUCAUUGAGAAGCACAGGUACCACAUACGCAUGUUGGAGACCAUUCUGCGCAUGUUGGACAACGACUCGGUGCAGGUGGACUCUAUCCGCAAGAUCAAAGAUGACGUGGAGUACUACCUCGACUCCUCGCAGGACCCGGACUUUGAGGAGAAUGAGUUCCUCUACGAUGACCUGGACCUGGAAGAUAUCCCACCGUCGCUGGUGGCCACCUCUCCGCCUGGGCACAUGGAGGAUGAAAUCUGCCACCACUCUAGCAGCACCCCUACCUCAACCACCUCCUCCUCACCUAUCCCCCCUUCCCCUGCCACCUGCACUGCGGAGAAUUCGGAGGAUGAUAAGAAACGCGGAAGGUCUACAGACAGUGAAGUGAGUCAGUCUCCUGUGAAGAAUGGUAAUCCCUCGACAUCAUCCUCUUCCUCAUCUAGCGCGUCAUCUUCGCUGGUCUCAAUGGCCGCCAUUACAGCAGGCAGCAAUACCCUCACAGGGGGCAACAGCUUCCUGGGUAGUAUGGGGACAGUCCUGCCCACCUCUGGCAGCUACAGCACAGUGACUCAGCUCACAGUAACACAGCAACAAGCUCAGCAGCAGCAGUCGGCACAGCAGGGCCACCAGCAAAAUCACUCUCAAGCCAAAAAUUCUGGGAGUUCUGCUCCUAACAUCAGCCCUAGCCCACCUGGCCACCUGCUGCUUCCCACAUCUUCUGCCCCUUCUCCUCCCACUUCUAAUACUUCUGUUCCUCUCACCCCAAAUUCUCAGUCUUUGUCAGUAUCUACGCCCGUUCCAGGAUUGGGCAUGAUCUUAAACAAAAGUGGCGUGAGUGGCGGCAGCCAAGUCUCUGGAUUGGGCUUGCCAGGGAUGCCGGCAUCUGUCAGCAACAUGACUGGGCUUCUGCCUGGCUCCACACCUGCCCCGUAUGCUCAAGCGGCAGCCUCUGGCACAGUUGGAAGCACUCUGGGAGGGUCACUUGGGAGUAGUACAAGUAGCACUGCUGGAGUUUCCAGCAGCAAUGGAAGUGGGCCAUCUGCAAGUUUGCUGGGCUCUAGUACUGGAGUUAGCAGCAUCAGUGGUGGGAUCCUGGGUUUGAAUGCAGGUCAGACAACCCAGGGCCUGUUGCAGGGGGGUUCCAGUUCCGCAGGCGGGCUUGCUCCUGGGAGCAGCUUGGGAGGCAUUGGUGGCAACGGAGGGACUUUGACAACAUGUACAAAUACUGGACUCGGAACAGGAAGCACCCUUUCUGUUAGACCGCCUAGUGGACAGAAACAGAAUGGGACCACCAGUUACAGCGCAGUAGUAGCAGAUAGCACCCAAGAAUCUCUCCACACUAUAGCCAACCAGUCACAAAGUAGUCAGUCUUCUUCCUUGGGUUCCACGACCAAUCCUCCUAAGGACAGUGGUUCCAGCUUGCUAGGGUCCAUCACCUUGUCGCCCAGUUCCCCUUCACCCUCCUAUGGAGAGAGCAAAUCAAGCAGUGGGAACCUGAUAAAUGGUCCUCACUCUUAUCCCCAGACCUCAGACAGUAUAAAGGCCCCCGAGCCCCUCAGCUCUCUAAAGACCAUGGCAGAGCGUGCAGCACUGGGCUCGGGGCUCGAUGGUGAUAUCACUGCCUUGCACCUUGCUGACAGAGACCUCUUCGCUGGCCCUGCUGCCCCAUCAGGACCUCCGGCAGGCCCUCAGCCGUCCCUGUCCGAGGUCAGCAUUCCUCCGUCACUGGGAGUGUGUCCCUUAGGGCCAGUACCCCUUUCCAAAGACCAGCUUUACCAGCAAGCCAUGGAGGAGUCUGCCUGGGCCCACAUGCCCCACCCAUCUGACUCGGAGAGGAUCAGGCAGUACUUGAUGAGAAACCCGUGCCCAACCUUGCCUUUCCACCAUCAGGUGCCCCCUCCGCACUCGGACUCGGUUGAGUUCUAUCAGAGGCUCUCGACUGAGACCCUUUUCUUUAUAUUCUACUACCUUGAGGGAACCAAGGCGCAGUAUCUUGCAGCAAAAGCACUGAAGAAGCAGUCAUGGCGAUUCCACACAAAGUAUAUGAUGUGGUUUCAGAGGCAUGAGGAGCCCAAGACCAUCACAGAUGAGUUUGAACAGGGAACAUACAUAUACUUUGACUACGAGAAAUGGGGCCAAAGAAAGAAAGAAGGAUUUACGUUUGAAUAUAGGUACCUUGAAGAUCGAGAUCUCCAGUGAAAGACUGACAGAAAAAGAAAGGGUUUGAUACUGUUAACAUUCCUGGCCUGAACUCAACAUGUUGAGAGGACACAGGUGCAGAAUGAACAUUUCUUCAGGUCAAUUCAUCUGGACUUCCUAGUGCUGCGACUAUCCCCCACUUUUUUUUUUUUUUUUUAAUAAUUUAAAAAAAAAAAAAAAAGGAAUUAACAGGAGGCCAAUGUUGGAAGACUGCUUCUCUACACUUUCUUGUGUAACAAUAUUUCAGUUGAGAACCAAAGAUCACGUGCAAUUCCCCUCUAGGAGUGUGGUAGGUAACCAACAGUAGUGUUUCAGAGGAGCCUGGGGAAUAGUCCAGGACCAGAACAUCUCGCACCCUUUUGUUUCCUUGAGUUUCACGAGGUGCAGCUUAAAGUGCAAGAAGCUCUACCUAGCAAGCUU